UCUCGUGUUGUGGAAAUGAUCACCACUGGGCAUUUUCCAGCUGCAAAGGAUGCAGAUGAAGAACUGGCACCCUACUUACUGCGCCGGCAUAAUCUCACAAUACAACUGGGAUGCCUCAUGUGGGGUGUGAGAGUGAUUGUUCCACCAAAACUGCGCCCCCGGGUUCUGAAAGAGCUCCAUAUAGCAUAUCCAGGUAUAGUGUGAAUGAAAAGCUUGGCACGCAGUUAUGUAUGGUGGCCUGGCAUCGACUCUCAAUUUGAGCUCCAAGCUAAAUCCUGCCACUCUUGUCAGAGUAUGCAAAAAGAGCCUGGGCUAGCACCUUUACACCCUUGGAUGUGGCCCACUAGACCCUGGGAAAGGAUACAUGUGGACUUUGCGGGUCCAAUUGAAGGAAAUAUGUACUUGGUCGUGAUAGAUGCACAUUCCAAGUGGCCUGAGGAGCAUAUUAUGGACAACACCACAGCUAGUAAAACCAUUCAAGUGCUCAGGAACCUUUUUAGUCGAUAUGGCAUUCCACACAUCCUUGUGAGCGACAAUGGCCCUCAGUUCUGUUCUGAAGAGUUUAGUACAUUUUUGAAGUCCAACGGAGUAAAACACAUCCGCUCAGCACCGUACCAUCCUGCCACCAAUGGCUUGGCCGAGCGUUUCAUGCAGACAUUCAAACAUUCCUUAAAAUCUUCUAGAGGCACAGCACUUGUGCAACAACGCCUGGAUACAUUUCUUUUAACAUUCCGCAAUACCCCUCAUGCAACAACAAAGCAGACACCAGCUAUGUUGUUCCUCAGACGCAAGCUGCGAUCACGGCUGGAUUUCCUGAAACCCAGUGUUGCUGGUGUAGUGCACAGGUUACAAGAUGCUCAACAAGAGCGCUGCCAACCACACUCCAAGGACAGACAGUUUGAUAUAGGAGAGCCUGUCCUCGUGCGUGAUUAUAGGAAGGGGGAGGAGAAGUGGACCCAAGGUGUUGUCAUGGAGAAGACUGGACCAGUGUCAUACAAGAUAAAUCUGGGGCAACAAGGGGUAUGGAAACGCCAUGUGGACCAGAUGCUGACACGACCCAAUCCAGAGCUUCAGCAGGCUGCAGUGAACCUUUUUGUGGACCCCCCGGUGUUACUACCCCAGAGUGAUAGUAGUACCACACAUCACCCUAGUACAUCUCACCAUGACAAGAAUGAUCAAGUUCCAGAGAUAGAUAUACCACCAAAAACACCCAAGUCCACUGAUUCACGAAACACGGAGCAUACUCUUUUAACAGAGACUGUCAGACGUUAUCCUAUGAGGAUCACUAGACCACCACUACGCUACCAUGAUGAGUGA